AUGUAUCAAACUUUGGAUUUCGUUGGUGGAUGCUUCGGUGGUAUUGCCGGGGUUGUUGUCGGUCACCCCCUCGAUACAAUAAAGGUUCGUUUACAAAUUCAAGGUGGACGGCAGUCUGUCGUUAAUGGGAUGCAUGCUAUGAAGCUUGAAACGGUACCAAAACAUGCCUAUAGAUCUACCUGGCAUUGUCUGACCUCCAUUGUUAAAAGCGAAGGGUUUUUUGGUCUGUUUAAAGGGCUUGCGUCGCCAAUGGCUGGACAGGCAUUUUUAAAUACCAUCCUAUUUGGCGUUGAAGCCAAUCUUCAGAGACAGUUUAACAUAGAUUCUGUAUUCAGUCAUUACAUGUCUGGUGCUGCAGCUGGUGCUGUGCAGUGUGUUGUGGCAAGUCCCAUGGAACUGGCUAAAGUACGAGUACAGUUACAAGGACAAGGGGAAAGUCAUCGUUACUAUAAAACACAUAGUCAUGCAUACAAAGGCUCCCUAAGAUGUAUAUACAAGAUAUGUAUUGAUGAAGGAAUAAGAGGAUGUUAUCGUGGAAUGAAUUCUACACUCAUCAGGGAUGUUCCAGGAUUUGCAGUAUAUUUUGGUUUAGAUAAGUCGGUGUGUAAUUAUUUCCAAUCCCGACAUCCACAAAACGAGCUAAAUUGGCCUGAAAUGAUCAUAUCUGGUGGGAUCGCUGGUACAUUGUCUUGGGUUGUAUCGCACCCAACAGAUGUAAUCAAAUCACGUAUUCAGGCUGAUGGCGUCAAAGGAACCCCAUUGUACCGUGGUACCAUUGACUGUAUACGCAAGAGUAUUAAAGCAGAAGGUUACCGUGUGUUUCUCAAAGGAAUUACAGCAAACUUACUGCGAGCGUUUCCAGUCAAUGCAGCCAUAUUUACCGUUCAUAAAUGUUUUGUUGGUUAUUGCUACAAGCAUUUUGAAUUUAAGCAUCGAAAUGAGUUUUAGCAAUUUAUUUAUGAUUUCAGUGCUAUAAAUAAACUAAAGGUAAGAAAUAUAGUGAUAUUCUAAGCAUGUGCAUUAGAGAAACCUUUUUUUAAUUGAGAAAACAAACACAUAUCUACAAGCAAUAUGAUGUGGCGAAGAUCUAGAUAUAAAUCUGGAAUGAGAAAUUUGUCGGCAAUUUAUAUCCAAAAAACAGAUCAAAAUUUGAUUUCCUCCACCGUUUCUCAACUUAUUUCCCGGAGAGAAUUACAAAGACAUAUGCAACGUAUUUGUUAUUUGAUCUUAAGUCGUGAUAUAGAUAGGAAUUUUGAAGGAAAGUACUUGCGUUUUCGGAUUGCUUACUAAGGUGUCUCGAAAUAUUUCUUUAGAAAAAAGUUUAUUAUUUAUUUUUCAUAAAAUAUUACAUAUAGCCACUAGUAUAUUAAUAGGUAUUUUUUGUUGUUUUGUUAGCUGGGAGUUUAUUUGGGCAGAGCGUAUUUAUUUUCUAUACAUUUGCAAUAUAU